AUGGUAAGCCUGAAUGAGGUCCUGGGAUAUGCUCAGUUAAGCUAUUUGUUGACUCAAUGCCAGGGGACAUCCACUGAUGGCCAUGAUGCAGUUCUUCUGUACAAGAUCUACUAUAACAGGAUGCUUUAUCUUGAAUACAACAGCACAUUGGGAAAGGCUAUUGGUCACACAAAGGUGGCAAAGGAAUUUGCUCAAAUUUUAAACAUGGGCUCCUAUCGGAAAGAAAAAGAAAGAGCACUGCAAAGUUGCAAAAAAUAUCUCAGACAGUUUGUGGAAACCUUCGACAAGAAAGUUGAGCCAAAAGUCCGUUUGCGUUUAGAUGAGUCAAAAGCGGCUGGCGAGCAUCCAUCUUCUCUCAUCUGUAGCAUGUACAACUUCUACCCAAAAGACAUCUUGGUGACAUGGCUAAGGAACGGCAAGGUGUUGACGUCUGAAGUUACAUCAACUGAUUCACUACCCAAUGGCAAUUGGCUUUAUCAGAAGCACUCACACUUGUUCUACACACCAAAAUACGGGGAGACUAUCAGCUGCAUGGUGGAGCACGCUAGCCUCCAGGAGCCCAGGAUUUACGAUUGGGAGCCCAUGUCACAGUCUGUGAGGAAUCAGAUCGCAUUUGGAAUAGUGGGUCUGAUCGUGGGUCUAGUUUCUUUUUCUGCUGGGCUAAUUUACUACAUAAAGAAUGUUACUGGGCAAGAGAGAGCAUCUACAAGUGGUGACAGAGAAGAUGCAGGGGAUGCUCAGAGUCACUUGCACCAAGAAUACUAA